UGGAUAUAUGCUAUGGGGCUGGAGUGGUGCUAUGAGUUGGAUAGGCUGUAUGGUAUUGGAGGGGAUGCUAUGGGCUAGAACAGGAGUUGUGGGACUGGAGAAAUUGCUAAGGGGUUGGAGAGGGGGUGUUGGGCAGGGUACAGUGGGAUGCAAUGGGGCUGGAUGGGUGCUAAGGGGCUGGAUGGGGUGGGUGGUAAUGUGAGACUGAGUGCUAUACAAUGGAGCAGCCAUGGGGUCAGGCCCUACUCCACACCUCCAGGACCUCUUUGCCUUCCUGGCUCAACCCAACGCCCUCCUGCACCUUGACCUGGCUUCCACUGACUGCGCCCUUGAUGUGCUCUUCGGGGCGCUGCUGCACGGCUGUUGCUCACGGCUCAGCUACCUCAACGUGGCCGGGAACAGCUUCUGCCACCGGAAGAGCCGUGAGGUCCCACCCACCCUGCAGCAGUUCUUCUGCAGCACCUUUGCUCUGUCCCACAUCAGCCUGGCAGGCGUGCGGCUGCCCCCUGACGCUCUCAGGUCUCUCCUGCAGGGAUUGGCUGCCAACACCCACCUGAGCGACCUCCACCUGGACCUGAGCAGCUGUGAGCUCCGCUCGCCGGGUGCUCGUGUGUUGGAGGAGCUGCUGGGGGGCAUCAGUGCCGUGGGCAGCCUGGACCUCUCAGACAAUGGCUUUGAUGCCGAUUUGCUGACGCUCGUACCAGCCCUGGGGAGGAACAAGGCGCUGAAGCACCUCUGGUUGGGCAAGAACUUCAGUGUCAAGGCGCGAACACUGGAGGAGAUCCUCCACAAGCUGGUUCAGGUCAUCCAGGAGGACGACUGUUCCCUGCAGUCGCUGUCAGUGGCUGAAUCGAGGCUGAAGGCCAGGACCUGUAUCCUGGUGAACGCGCUGGGCAGCAAUGCCUGCUUGGCCAAAGUGGACCUCAGUGGUAACCUCAUGGAGGACAUGGGCGCCAAGAUGCUGGCCAAGGCCCUGCAGAUCAACAGCACCCUGCGGAGCCUUAGCUGGGACAGGAACAACACAACAGCUGUGGGCUUCCAGGACAUCGCCAGGGCCAUGGAGAGCAACCACACAUUGACCUUCAUGGCCCUUCCCCUCUGCGACCUCACAGCCGCCUACCGUAGUGCCCCGGAGCGGACAGACACUGGUUGGCAGCAGAUCCAGUGGUGCCUCCUACGCAAUGGCCGCGGUCCCAAGGUGCCACCAGAGCAGGUGCUCCGGCUGCAGCGGGGCAUCGUCACCAGCACGGCUGAGCAAAUGCUCUGCCGGCUGAGCGGCCGAGUGCAGGCAGCGGCGCGGGGGCUGCGGGGGCACCCAGGGGCACAGAGGGACCUUGCAGAGGCCCAGGAGCUGCUGCGGGAAGCCAGGAACGCCCGGGCGCUGUUCCCCAGCCUGGCAGCGCUGGGACCGGCAGGAGCCGGAGCGGGGCCGCUGCAGCUCCUCCUGCAGGGCGUGGCUGGGGACGUGGCCAAGGCCGUGGACAAGGAGCUGGAGGUGCUGCUGGAGGCGCUGCUGGGUCGGGCCGCCGAGCUCUGCCCCCGGGCGACGGCGGCUGGGGUGUGGCCCGGGGGGGCGUGGCUCGGGGGGGCGCCUCGGCCACGCCCCCCGCUGCCCCCCGGCCUGGCCCCGGGGGCGCUGCUGGAGCGGGCAGGGGAGGAGAUCCGGGAGCAGCUGGGAGAGGUGCAGCUGGCGCUGGUGACGUCCCUGACCCAGGCAGUGGUGGCUGAGCUGCUGCGGGAGCUACGCCGUGUCCACCAAGCACUGGCCCAGCACCUGCAGGAUCCGAGGAGUCCCCAGGGGCAGGAGCCAUCCAACAGCACCGAUGAGGAGCUGGGCGUUGACGUUGAUGCACCGACGCUGCAGCGGCACAGGCGCUGCUGCCGCCGCACCCGCCCGCCUUCUGCCUUCAUGGGCCAAUCCGAGGGCCUGGAGUCACCGUCGCCCCCCAGGAGCUCUGAGGGGGAUGCCAAGCCCCACCCACUGCACUUCAGGGCCCCGGAGGCGCAGACUGUGGGGGGCUCCCCGCAGCAGGAGGAGUUUGGCCGGCUGCCCCCCACAGUGCCUCCCUAUCCCCAGGAGCACAGCUGCAGCCCAGGCUCAGAGGCAUCAGCCCCUCCGGAAGCUGGCAGCCUCGGCCUGGAGUGGGCAGGGCUUCCUUCCCCACAGACCCCGCCCCCUCAGGCCCCGCCCAGGAUGGCGGCGUGGCCCCACCAGAGCUGCGGCGGCGAGGGAGGGGGCGGGGCCACCCCGGAGGCCACGCCCACUGCUCCCACAGGGACCUCAGACAGGAGCCGCCAGCUGCCCCCCCCGAAGCCCCAGCGGAGGCAGCGAGCCCAUUCCUGCGACAAGGCGGACGCCGGGCCCGGGCCGGGGGGAGGAGGUGAGGCCGCCGCGGUGCUCCUAAGGGGCCGCCGCUCACCUCACCGCUCGAACGGCCACUUCUCCCCACAGGCACCUGAGGGGCGGGCAGGACCUCGCGACGGCCGCUCUCGGAUGGGAAUAAACUUUUAUUGAAGAGAAA